CCUGUGUAAAAUAUUUCCCUUAUUGAACUGAUUAAUAAUGAUGUACUAUGACAUAUUGUUAUUCAGUACUGUUUUAUUUUGUACUACUACAUGGUCAUUAAAACUGCCAAAAAAUGUAUCUAUGGAAGUUAGUAACUUAAAUAAAACACAAAACAAUUCGAAAUUGUUACAUGGGAUAAUUAUCUAUUUACAAUGUUUAAGAUUGUAUAGUGAAAUAAAUCAAAAUGGUUACUGGUCUGAUAUAUGUGAUAGUAAUGAACUACUUUCACCAUAUUUAAUGAUGACUACACAAUCAAUUUGUGCACCUGCUAAUGUAUGGUAUAAAACACCAAGAUAUUGGCUUGCUUAUCAACAACCCUAUUAUAGUGGUUCAUAUAUUCUACUUAAACCAGGUCAAUGUGUAAAAAAUGUUAGAGCAUAUGGUCUACUAUCGAUUGGUUCGAUUCUUCAAUGUGCACAAAUUGCUUUAUUUGGAUACUUGCCUACACUCAACUGUUAUUAUCCACAACAACCAUGGAGACAACUUGCUUCACUAUCACCUAUGCCACCGGUAAUGCCACUUACACCUACACUAAUAGUAACUCAACAAACAAUGCCGCAGUUAAAGACAGGAACUGUUAGCUUACUGGAUUUACAGAAAAGCAGUUUGAAUAUUACAUAAAAUUAUUAUUAUACCGGAAAAAAUGCUAUCGAAACGUUUAUAAAUCAACUCAUCAGAGAAUUUUUUUGAAGGGCCAGUAAACAAACUGAGAUAACCUGAUUCAGUGUUAUAACUGAGUGAGCUUUGAUAGUAAAACUACAUAAAACUGAACAUACUUUUGACUAGAUAUUUUAUAGGGCUCAAAGGUUCGAGUCCCGCGUGAGGGAUUCUGGACGUGCAUUAGUGAGGAGCCUCAUACUAGUACAAAUUGGUCGUUCAAUGUGUCCGGGUCUUCAGUCGCGGUCUGACAUUAAUCGGUUCAUGAUCCAGAAAUGAGAGAAUCAGUUGACAGAUCUGUAUCAUUUAAAAAUCUUAUUACAUGUGUAUAAAAUAUUAUCUUGAAACAAACAAUGUAGCUCAUUCUCAUUUUUGCAUUGAAUACUUUUGCAUUUAACUUUUCUAUAACUUAUGAUCGUUGUUAACAAACACAUUAUUGUUAGUAUUGUACGAGUUGAUUCUAGAACGUACAUUUUAAUAAUUCAUCACAGCGGAAAACUAAUCUCUAGAAAAAUAAUACUAUAUCUGGCUCAUUUGUUUUUCUUUAUAGCUAUUAACUGAAUCCAGCUUAUUCCCUUUGUACUGACGCAACAUGUUCAAUACUUCAUCUUAUUGUGGUCUUAAACUGUCAUCCAUAUUCAAUGAUAUACUGCUUAUUACUUUCUCAUGAUUAUGAACUUAUAUACAUCAAUUGAUGAUAAAUAGGAUUUAUAACUAUGGUGGAUGAUGUCACUAAAGAGUAAAUUUUCUGUGUUCUA